AUGUCUGACGCCCCAAGGCCGGCCAUCAAGCUCACCUUCGGCAAGAAGAAGGCCGAGCCGUCCCAAAGUCAACCAGCGCCUGCUCCAUCCUCAGAUCAACCUCCACCGACGGCGCCUCAACGCAAACUCACGCUCAAGAUCGCCCGGAAACCGACCGACGAUGAAUCACAAGACAAGGCAAAGAAGCCGAAGAUCACAAUUAAGAAGAAGAAGCGACCAGCAGAUGAGGCCGCUCCGAAUGAGCCGUCUGCUGGCGGCGCGUCAGAAACAACCGGACCAAAGCGACUUAAGCUGAAUCCAUCCAAAAAACCCGGCGUCCAGUCAAUCAGAAUCAAGAAUAAAGGACUUGUACCAAACAGACCUACCGGUGUCGGCUACGACUCGGAGGCAUCCGAUACGGAAAUCGACCCAGCCAUUGAAGAACAGUUCAUUUUGCGUAUGCUGCCGGGAGAAGACUGCGAGUAUCUUCGACGCGCGAUCAACGAACGCCGAUUCGACCGAUCUGAAUUUUCUUUCAAACCAUUGAACCGUGAGGGCCGACGAGCUGUUCUGAAGAUUCGCGACAAACAGUAUGCUGCGGCCUUGGUUGACCUACCGUGCAUUAUUGAAGGAAUGAAAAGUUGGGAUCGCAGAGGGUGGUACAAAUCAGCCGAUAUAUGUCAGAUGCUCCUCGUCUUGGGACAGAUCAAUAAUGAAACAGACGCCCUGAAUUAUCCACUUCCUGCUGAGGUGCAACGUCUGGAUGACAAGACAUUGCAAUACCCCCAUGGCCUGACGCCUCCCCUUAGAUGGGUAAGGAAACGCCGCUUCCGAGACCGCAUCAGCACAAGGACCAUUGAGCAGGUUGAGAAAGCGGUUGAGGAUUUGAUCGCCCAGGAUGAAGCCGCCCUAGGGCCUCCACGUUACGAGCUUGUAGACAAGACGUCGCUCGAUCGUGCCGAGGGUCUUGUGCAAAGCGGAGAGUAUGACGACUACGAGUACGACGAUGAGCAAGAUGCCGAAGGCGAAGUGGAAGAAGCCAUGGAUGACGUCGACGGCAUGUUCGAAGACCUCGAGGACACACUUGCUGCAGAGAUGGAGGCCGCUCUGGCAGCUGGAGCAGAUGGGCAAACCUUCGAGGCCGACAUUGUUGAGACACCUGCUACCCCCGGGGUGUACCAGGCCGGUACUCCUGUGGCCACCAAGCCCUCGACUCCAGCACCAGAUGACACAGGCGCAGAUACGUCGGGAGACGAAAGCGACGCCUCGAAUGAUGAAGAAUCGCCAGAGGAGCUCGACGAAGAGCAACUCGAGCAGCAACGACAGGUCCAGCAAUCGCGUGAGGAGAUUGCAGAAUUGGAAGCUCUCAUUCGCUCGGAGACAGCCAAAUGGGAAACGAUGAACAACCAAAUCCUCAAGGGCAAGCUUGCCAAGCGUAUUCACGAUCUGAAAAUGGAAGUGUCUCUCAAGAAGGUCUCAAUUGGCGAGGGUGAUGACGCCGAUAGCUAG